AUGGAUAAUGGCUUGUUCAGUGGCUUUGGAUCGCAAAGUUCUUCAUUUCCAAAACCCAAUUUAUUUUCUGAAACAGUAAAAAAUGAACGCGUUGGGCUUUUCAACAACAUAUCCGAAAAUUCCUCAACAGGAGGUCUGUUCGCGUCCUCUAACUUAUCUGCCGCGCCAAAUGGACUAUUUGGAUUGUCCACUCGCGAUUCAACUGGAAAGUCGGGUCAAACAAUUUCACUAGAAGAACCUAAAUUUGAAAUUGAAGACUCAGAAUCUUACGCAAUUGACUUGACUUCCGAUAAUGCAUCUGACGACCAACCAUCCUCUUUUCAGCUUUUGCCAGAAUCUAACAAUGAAUCGGGGAAAAGUGCCUUAUUUUCAUAUUUACCUUCUCAUUCAUCAAUUAAUAAUGCAUCGAAGGGUGAUUUCUUUUCCGGAUUUGCUAGAUCGGAAAAUUCGUCAGUUAAAAAUAUUGCUCCAUCGACUAACCUCUUCAUUGGAUUUGACAAAACACCCCAAAAUAAAUCGCAGUCUUCCUCAACUUGUUAUAACCCCUCUGGAACUGGAUCAAUGGUAUCUCAAAAACAACUUUUAAGUGGAAGUGAUUUAAACGCUAAAAAGGGUGCUCAUGUUUUGUUUGACCAGUCAUACUUACAACAGAAGGCAAAUCCUCCAUUUUCUUCCAUUAAAAAGUCGUCUUCCGUGCCUUCUUUCACCAGCAGUGACGAAAGCACACACGAAAGGGCCACAACAAUACAACAACGUUUGACCAUCUUAGAAGCGAAGGACAAGGCUGAGCAUAAACGUAGACAGGCCGUUUCUCUUCCCAUCAACCCAUCAAACGAUGCCUCAAAAUUCAAACAAGUCACUAUUGGAAAUUGCCCUGAUAUGUGUCCAGAAACUGAAAGGUAUCUUCGUGAGUUUCGACAUCGAGUUUCUUUGUUCGAGACUCCUCAGAAUGAGGCUAAUUCGGGAUCUGGUGCUUUCUUUCAAAUGGAUCAUACCCGUGCUGUGAAGGAUUACAGCCGGUCGGCUGCAGAUCAGGCUGAGCCGUUACCUUGGGAAUUGAGACCUCCUGAAGUCCUCGAUCGCACUAUGAACUAUCUUCUAGCAGCUAUUGCGGAUAGGCCGGAAAAGGAAGGCGGCGAAAAUCUUUGGAAGCCAUGGUACGAAUUCCUCUGGACACGAACGCGAGCUAUUCGCAAGGACAUCACUCAGCAGCGUCUGUGUUCACCCACCAUCGUGUCUAUUGUGGAAAAGAUCACUCGAUUCCACAUCUUCUGCGCUGCACGUCUUGUUGAUCAGUCAUUGGAUGCUUUUGAUCCUCGCAUUAAUUCGGAGAACCUUACUCAGUGCUUGCAGACCCUGAAGGAGCUUUAUUCAGAUAUUCAAAGUUCUGCAGGAAGCAACGCGAUGGUGAAAUUGUGUCCCCGUGAGGCCGAAUUUCGGGCCUACAUGAUUCUCAUGAAACUCAAUGAGUGUUCAGUCUUGGAGCCACAGUACACUGAUUGGGUCUUUUUUGCUUGCUCUCAGAUUGGUUCUACAAAUAGCCAUAGCCAUAUGUCUGUCUACCUCUGUAGUGAAGUUCAGAAGUUCCCCGAGGCAGUGCGCAAAUCACCUGAGGUGCAGUUUGCUAUUUCCGUGCACUCCGCGGUGGCCGAGCGCAAUCACGUCCGUUUCUUCCGUUUAAUUCGUCAAGCUAACUGUCUCACAGCGUGUCUUCUCCACCGGUACUUCGGACAAGUCCGGUCACAUGCUCUCCUUGCCCUCUCCUCCGCAUUCCUCGGACAUCCUAGGCAUGAAGUCAUUUAUCCGCUGUUCAAAUUCGUGCACCAACUCGGCUUUGAAUCGUCCGAAGAUGCACAAGAAUUCUGCGAGCACUGGGGUGUUUUUGUCUCCAACGAGGUGGUAGUUUUCUCUCGAAACUCACCUCCCCGUGAGCCAGAACUCGCUUGGAAGGAAAGACGGUCUCCUAAGCUAAUUGAAGGCAAACGGAAAGGCCGUAGUCUUUGUGAUCUCUUCAAUGGUGGACAACUAGAUUCUGCCUUCGAAAAACCAGAGCCUGUCCACUCUUCCUUCGAUGUUGAUGGAAAUUUGCUUCCUAUUCAAGUGAUCCAACAGUCUCCGUUCUGUCCAUCCUCCAACAAAACCAAUUCACCAAUCGUACAUUCUAAUGAUGCGAGUAAUGACAAUGAAAAGGAGGUGAUUGACUUGUCUGUAGAGGAAGGGCAGGAGAAUGAAGGUGCUGAUGGAUACCAAUUUGUGGAUAACUGUGAUGAGGAAAAUGGGUCGCAAGAAGAUGAUCCUCAACCAUCACCGGUUCAAUUUUCUCGACCAACUUUUCAGUGGCACUCUCCAUUUUCGACUACCUCCGAUAUUACCAAACCUCCAAUCGUUCCUUCGUCAACUGAGGUUAUUGACGUUGAGAGUGAUUACAAAGCAUCAGAAGGAAACAUUGUCCAUAAAUCCUCUUUCUCUUUUACUGAUUGUGCCAUCAUAACCGAGACAGUGGAUAGUGUUACAGAGGAUCUAAUUGAUGAAACCGCUCACCAGCUGACGCGUCAGAUUUGCAGUGAGGAAAUUGGCCAACGUCUUUCCCUCUGCUCCUCCAUUGUGGAAGAGAUCGCAGAUGAAGUACUUCAAAGCUUUCUGCAGUCUGCAUUGCGUGAAGUCAUCCAUGCGACUAUUGGGGAUAUUUCCAUUAGAGUAAGUUCUUCAUCUCUAUCUUUACUAGUCGGCUUCUCGAGACGCAAGGAAAAACACAGCUCUCCUACUGUGAUAUUUUUCGGGGACUGCCGAAGGGUUAAGUUGAAGAUUUCAAGUUUAUAUUUGGGUCGUCGGGUUGCGAUUGCUGAAGAGGAGUUGAAAACACUUCACUAG